AGCAACCGGUUGUCCGACUCUUCGCUACGCAUCAGCGACACCACAGCCACAGUGCUGCGUUGUUUCCAAACCUUGUGCUCGUGUGUGUGUUUGUGUGUGCCAGUUCAAGGGUAGCCGUGUCUAGUGUCUAGCCGUUCAACGUUCAACUUCACCAACUCAACCCAGCAACCGCCAGCCAGCCAGCCAGCCAUGGCCGUCAGCCGAUUAUCCAUUGUGAAGUUCUUGGAACUGGCCCUGGCCAUCACCUGCGUCGUGCUGCACUACAAGAGUCUCGGCGAGCGCGAUGACAUCACGAAGCUGCUGACGGCAGGCACAUUCGUCGGCUACAGCGUCAUCCUGAUCGCGCUGUUCGCGGGGUACCUGCUGAGCAACCCGCUCAACAAGAAGCUGGACCUGUUCUUCAGUUUGAUCGGCUGCGCGAUGUUCAUCGCGUCCGGCGUGCUGAUCCUGAAGGAGUGGGAGAACGCGUGGAGCACCGACACGAAGAAGAUCGCCAUCUCCAAGGGCUCGCUCGCCAUCACGAACGGGGUGCUGUUCUUCUUCGACGCCAUCUUCACACUGCGCGACUAAUCGAAUCGACACACUCGAGAGAACCUCUAAGCAUCUUUUUGUCACUCACCACAGUAAUCUCAUCUCUAUCGUAUAUCUCAUGUAACACACACACACACACACUAUAUACUCGGCUAUUAUUCGGCCGCCGGAAGUGCGGUUAACUCGUGUUUACUUUUUUACAUUUUUUUUACAAAUAUACUGUGUACUCCGUAAA